AUGCCGUCUCUGGCUGAAGCGGAGGUGUGUUUGCCAAGCUCAUCUGCAAAGACGGCUGCUUAUCAUCGUCAGUCCACGUAUGCGAAGGCAGUCAAGGGGGAGUACAACAAGGACUUUGACACCGCGUUUCGCCUCUAUGUCAAGGCAGCAGAGGCUUUCCUUUAUCUGAGUCGGGCAGUCGACAAUCAGCACGACAAGACGAAACACAAAUCGAGUGCGGGGAAGGCUUUGGAACGCGCUGAGAAACUCAAGGGCUUUCUCGAGAAAUCUAAACCCGAGUCGGCGCUUACACCGGUCGCUGUCGACCAUUUCUCACCCCAUGAACAAUUUUAUGUCCUACAAAGGGGCAAGACCGUAAACGGGCGCGUUUUUCCUUCGUGGGAUGAGCAACGGGACGUCUCCGAGUUCAGCGCCAGUUUCCGCGACCCUGAUGGCGAAGUAGGGCUUUCUCCAGAGCAGCAGAAGCUUUCGCCACAAUGGCGUCGACCCGUUGCUGAAGAAACCCUAGACGCUGACUCGCGACUCCAGCCCCAAGAUAUUCUUCAGCAUAUCAUCACAGAUUGCUCCGUCUGUGCUUCCAUCUCCGUGUGUCUCGAGCAUAGCGCGCGAUUUGGCUCAGAGUUUGGCAAUGUCCUUCUUCACAACCCAAAGCCAGACGAGAGCAUUGUGACUCCUAUAAUAUCGCAACCAACUACAGGAAGAUAUGAUCUCCGACUGCUUCUUAAUGGUGGUUGGCGGCGGGCACACGAACGACGUUCCCGACUCCCGGCUUACCAUGCAACAGUCAUCGACGAUACCCUUCCAUAUCACCCCGGGACCGGCGCUCUAGUUUGCAUGUCCAGCUCAGCCGGUGCGAUCUGGCCGAGUCUUCUCGAGAAGGGUUACAUGAAGCUCAUGGGUGGUUACGAUUUCCCCGGAUCUAACUCAGGCAUCGACUUACACGCGCUCAUCGGAUGGAUACCGGAGCACCUCGAAAUCAAGAGCCCGUUUUUCGAACGCGAGCGCACGUGGAAACGCAUUCUAGACGCUUUCGUAACGGGCCAAUGCAUGCUCACGCUUGGUACAGGGGUUGACCCCAAUCUCACCUGGUGCGGGGUCAGCCUGCUUUCGUCGCAUUGCUACGCAGUCAUCGACAUCACGGAAUCAGAAGAUACUCGCACGCUAACCGUCCUCGACUCCUGGGUGCGUCCUCCACAGGAUUCACAGACCCAAGAUUGUCGAGUUCGCCACAUUCCAUGGUCAGAUGUUGUUGGGUUAUUCGACAGCAUUUAUCUCAGCUGGGACCCUCAUAUCUGGCCGAAUUCUUUGACAUUCCACGGGAUUUGGAAACAAGCAAACCAACGCUCGACGCGCAACCUACGGCUCAAAUAUCAGUCAACAGACGAGUGUGAAGUGGUGAUUCUGCUUACGCGCCACGUAUCCAACACUCGGGCGACGACGGACUUUGUCUCGUUGCGUGUCCAACUGGUAGAUCAAGUAAGUGAUGUCGGGGACUCACACCACACAAUCGCGGCAAAGGACUUGUUUACAAACAACCCUCAUGUGCUGAUGAGAACAACAGUACCAGCACAAAGUGACGGUCUUCUCUCGGUGUUUGCUUCUUAUGAUGGACCGACGACUGAAGUGGGCUUUACGCUCUCUGUUUACGCUCCAAGCUGCGCCACCGUUGCGUGGGAUGAACAUGUCCAGACACCACCCUUCUCCUCCAAGGCACGUGCCUUCUUUCUUGUCGAAGGGACGUUGAUGCACAAAAAUGCUGGCGGGAACAGCACACAUCCAACGUUCAUGGUCAACCCGCAAUACCACUUGCGCAUCAAGCAGUCCCACCUGCGGAAGAAAGCGGAGAUUGCGCUUACGAUGCAGAUGGCCCGUGAGGUGCCAAUCAACAUCGUCGUUGUGUGGUCGCAAGGGCAACGCGUCUUCGAGUUAACGCAGAAAGAUGUUGCCGCGACUUCUGGGGCGUAUAGCUACGGAUUAGCUCGGGUUUCGAAGCUGCUCCAAGGCACGAUUGGUGACUACACGGUCAUACUGUCUGCGUUCGAGCCCAAUCAGAUGGGGCCAUUCUCUCUGGAAGUCGAGAGUUCGCUGGCGUUUGAACUGAAGACCAUUCCGCAAGAGGGUGCGGGAAUGUACUUCAAGUCGAUCCGUGGAGCGUGGAAUGGACAGAACGCGAUGGGCAGCCCCAGCUUCAAGAAUUACGCACAGAACCCCGUCUUCGAGGUGGAGGUGCCCACCGCCACCGAGAUCAAGAUGCGGCUCCAAUUACUUCGUCCGACGCCCUCGUCUGCGAUCAACCUCACGCUGUUCACCGCGUCGUUGGGACAACAGCUAUUGACCUCUGGCGGCUACGACGACAAUGUUUGUGGUGUUGUGACACCCCAGAUCAAGCUCUCACCGGGUAAAUACUGGGCCGUGCCUUCGACCUACUCGCCAAAUGUCCAUGGCCCAUUCCAAAUUCUUGUGUAUACUACCGCCGGUCGAGUUGACGUUGCUGAAAGGCGGCGCUAA